AUGCUCAAGAAGAAUUCGCUUAGUCCCGAGGAGACGCUGAGGCCUCUCAAUUUCACCCAGCCCCUCCGCAUCGCCUUCUUGGGCGGGGCAAAGCUGGGGAAGCUGUCACUCAUCUCGAAAUUGCUGAUGGGCACUUUCAGGGACAACUACUACCCUACCCACAAGAUCAACCCAGUGUUGUUGACCUACCUGCCGCAAGACCGAUUAUCCCGUGUCAUUAUGGACGAAGGCAAUGGUCUGAAUUCUCUCAGAGAGCUUGCUGACCACCGAGAGCUCCUGCUCAGCCCUGUGCUCACUAGCGCCUAUACGCUGACUCCGGCGAAGCCGCAAGAUCUCAAUGCUUUAAUCAGUCUCCAAUGGAAAAACCAAUACUACCAAGGGUUCUGCUACCGUGGUGAUGCUGCGCAAGCCGGUACUUACGUCCUCCCUCACGUCAGCCCGUUAUUGGUGGAGAUGAUCGAUACGCCUGCGUUUGACCCCGCCCGCGUGGUACCGUUUUUGGAAGCACUGUUGUAUAUCAAACUCGGCAAGGACACCCUACAUAAUCUUGCCGACGAGCCGAGACGCCCGGUACUGACGCAUCCGCUCCUCGUGGCCCUGGGGGCUCUGGAGCUCAAUGGCAAUAUCGAUGGGUACUUCUUCGUCUACCUGGCAGUGCCGCUGUAUCAGCCGCCGCUGUACGACUCCCAUGAUAACGAAAAUAGUAAGGUUGGCGACGAUGAGCUCCCUGAAUGCGACAUCAAAACGUUCAGUUUGUUAGGGGUGAUGAAAGCGGCGUUGGACGAGGCCUGGCGAGAAUAUAACACUUUCAGAAUGCGAUGGAACCAAGGGAAGGAACACGAUAUAUUCCAUUUUACUCUGCUGUUAAAGCACAUGUGGAAAGAUAAGCUGAUGGUGGAGAUGGAGCAAAUGCGCCAGGAGCUCCGGCGUCAAAUCACCCUCAUGGAUAAUCCCGUCGACCCUCUGGAUCCUAACUCACCACCACCCAUCUGGAUCGUGUGUACUCACUCUAAGCUGCCGUUGCGACUGCCAUUGCUUAUUGACAGAGGUGAGAAGUUAGCCAAGCAGUGGAAUUGUGGCUUCAUUGCCGUCGACAAUACCGACGACAAUGUUGACGCGGUGUUGGCACUCAUGGUUAAGGAGAUCGUCGAGCGGAAACGGUUACAACUGAAGCGUAAGAAGUGA